AUGAUAAUUAGUUGUGCUUUCUCAAGCAGGACCAGUCUGAAGGCUUGUUCCUCUCCUCUUUCUAGUCAUCCGUCAUCCCUCUCCGCUUCCAUCUCAACACCUCCCCCCACUCGUCCUAAACCUCCAUCCCGCUCUUCAUCGCUACAGAAAAUCAGCUCAGGCUACAGCAGCCCAGCUCAUUCCUCUCCAUCCCUGUCUGUGAAGGAGAAGAGUUCACCUCUCCCUGUGGCCUCUCCAGGUGUGCAGCUCAAACUGAAAUAUCCCAGCUUGCCUUACACCGCCCACAUCUCGCCUUCACACUCGCCUGCCGACAGCGCCCCGUCGCCAGCCCUUUCCUAUUCCUCCACCGGAUCCAUCUCAGCCUCCUCCAGUCCUGCAAACACCCCCGAGCUGAACCAGACCAAACAAGAGAACAAAGGCCAGGCGAUGCACAGCUUAAAAACAUUCUGGGCCAACGCUAGCCAGAAACAUGAGGGGCCCUGCCCGGCCAGCUUACUCCGAGGCGGGAAUAAGAAAAUGAGUACAGUUCAGAAAGAUGUUUUGGGUUUGCUGAAUCUUUCACCUAGACACGAGUCUGUCAGGAAAAACGCAGAGGAUCCUGAGAAUCACAACACUGAUGACAGACCAAAUGGUCACCAAAAACUGGAGGGUAAACCGCCUCCGCCUCCAUCUGCUAGUCUUCCCACGAACUCUAAAGGAGGCAUCAGACUUCCUUCUGGGAACGGCUACAAGUUUCUCUCACCUGGACACUUUUUCCCAUCUUCUAAAUGUUGAGAGUUUGGAUGUUUGCCCUGCUGACCCAGGAGCCAGUUGACCAAUCCUCUGGCUCAUUUUCUGUUUGUGUAUCACGACUGUCAAUUUUUCAGUGAAACACAAUUUUAGCAACCUCUGCUGAAGUUGCAGAUAAAAAAAGUACCGUUUCAUACUGAUUUUACAUGUUUUUGUGAAGGGAUGUAAAUGUUUGGAAUGUGAUGACUGUGCCUUUUUCUGGAUAGAGCUAGAAGGACAAAAUAACUCUGAGAGAAGUGUUUAGUCUCUGGCUUUAAUUAAUGUUUUCAUGACUGACUUGAGAGCAUGUGUCUCGAUUCCUCCGUGUACACUGAAAAGAAAUGUCUUGUCAGUCAGUUGACUGAAUGAACCUUUUAUGUCAACCUGAACGCUCGCUAUAUUUGUGUAAGCCGACCUGAAUUGAUUUAUUGUGUAAUAAUUAUUGUUACCAAUGGUUAUUGUCGUCAUUUAUUUUGUUAAACUGUUUUUUCCAGGUAUUAUUAAACAUUUUAUAAAGACAAUUAAAAACAGAGGAAGAAGUAAAGAAAACGUGACAUUUUUUAUGCAGGUUUGGUUAUAUGUGUGUGUCAGCAUUGUACUUCCUCCUGUUGAGUGUUUCAUUAACUUUAUAAUGUACAAUUUUACAGCUCUGAUAGACUACUAUUCAGAAAAAUCUCAAUUCUUAAGGAGAUGACAAAUAAAAAUGUUCUUUUUU